AUGGAUGACGUUGAAGAGCUUGUUAUUAAACCCUUUCGGGAAGUCAUCGAGAAGGGAAACGUGGCCGUACAGAAUGCGGCCAAUUCGCCCGAUAUGCUGGCGGAAGCCCAACUUCUGGUGAAAGUGGGUGAACGGGGUUUGCGUCGCAUUGAAACAAACUGCCAAAAGCUGUACAAGGAUUAUACCUCCAACUUUGUGGCUGCUCUCAAAGAAAAUGGUGAAAUCACAAAUAUGCGCUCACGGCUUAUGGACUUAUUGUGGGACUUCGAGGACUUCAUCGAGGCCGACACCUUCGAAGCCAGCAGGUUUAAAGAGUUGCAAAAUUUGGGUCGCGAGGUUGCGCUAAAGGUGUACAACAUACUUGUCACCAUGAAACUCGAGCCUCCAAGUUUCUCUCUAUCCCAAUUGUCGCCGCCUUCAUCACCUCAGCCCUCUUCCUGUUCUCCCGUUCCGCCAGCACCGCGGCAUCUUCUCGAGCUCAGGUCUCAGAGAGGAUCUGGAUCGCCCUCUGGCUCACGAGGGGAUGUCGCGUCGGCAGAUUUUUCAUCUGUAGAAGAUGCCACGGAUCAAUUCACAAAGUUGACGACAAAUUCCCGGACAGCGCCAUGCAAUGGCCAUGGCAGAAUGGACAGUUAUAGCCCCGUCGACAGCAGACAAGAAAUGUUCAGGGCAGAGUCACCCAUAGAUCCGGCCAUCUCACCGAUGGGCCGAGACAGUCGCUGUCACGUAUCGUCUGAUACUCAACGAUCGUCUGGAAGUAUUACUGGGGGUUCUGAGACGGAUAUCCAUAGCCAAGACGAGUAUUCACAUUCCGGGUCAAGCACCUUUUCAAACUCUACAACAACUACCUGCUCAAGUACGCGAUUGCGGCUUUACCCUUUCUCUCCCGCUAUCCCAGAGGAAGGACAGGCACAACAGAAGUCAAGUAGUGCCAUCCGCUAUCCACCGCUGCAAGUCCGGCCUCCGCUUGCUCCAGUUCCCACAAGGGAUCAAAAAGCUUUGCAAGGUGCCCCGACGACCAGCUUAGUCAAGGAAAUGGACCGUCAAUAUCGGGGUAUGCAGUCUCGGGGGGGAGCUCCGAAUGUUACUAUACCCGCACCACCAAGUCGCCCAAACAUCGUACAUGGAACGGCCCGUGACCUGAACCUUCUCCCUUCUGUGCCUAAGAAGCAAUUGGGUCUCGAUGCGGCACCCAGGAUGCCGACGAGCAAAGACUAUUCAGAUCUGAUCCCAGUAGGGCCUGUACCUCAUGCUGGGUCGAACACAGAGCCAUACAAGGGAAAUCUUUCCCAGAAAGGCUUUCCCAUCGGACCAGAAAGCACGUUUUGUCUUUACAAAGGAUUCUGUGACGGCGCUCAAGAAGUUUUACGCGGAGAUAUUGGAGUCAAAAAGACAAAGAAGCCCGGCUUUGCAGGCACCACUACAGUAGCUAGGUGUACAGGCUGUUUGUUUGAGCUCGACUUCUGUCAGAUCGAGAGAGACUUGAACAAGGAAGACAAGGGCAACUUUUGCAAGAGCGGAAUCAAUUAUCGCCUCCGUUUUUUACAAAAGAGCCAUCUCUCAGCCAAACGUGUAGACGACGUGCUUUACGCCUGCGUGUUUUGCGUUCAUACACGUCGUACUGUGGAUGAAUGCGAUUCAACCGUGUUCACCAAUACAAAGGCGUUGUUCACUCACCUAUCACACCACCCACGGCCACUGCCACAAGUCACCGGUAUAACUGUGGUCGAGGGAGAAGAAAUGCCCGCGAAUCUACGCAACGACUAUGACGUUUGGUUCAAGAACCCACCAGAAGCGCACCCCGCUCAGUUAAAUCUAUCGGAAAUAGCUGGAAACGCCACAGGAGUCACCAAAGAUCAUUCACGGAAGUUAUAUGGGCAAAAGCUCCUGUUUGAUCGAAGUCCGGCCUUGGAACUUUGCCACGGCGCUAGAAUCACUGGGAUCACCUGGCCAGAAAAGUACAACGGUGAAUGGGUCUUUGCCUGGCACGAUGGUAUACAUGCUUCCACUCCCGCUGAUAUCAUCAAACUUGAUGCUCCACCUUCAGAGGAGAUCAGAAUGGUAGGCUCAAGCCUGAUUCGAGCAAAGUCCAGAUGGAAGUUUUCCCAAAGGGAAAAGGAAAAGGACAAAGGCCUGUGGCUAAGGUUUGAGAAGAACGAGGUCAUUACCAACAUAAGCUAUGAAUCUCCGGAUCAUUGGUGCUGGUCGGGAACCAACGCAAAGGGAAAAUGGGGCAUCUUCCCCAAGGUUUUCCUAGAGCCAAGCACCAUCCAGGAACUCACGGCCGAAGGUGCCGACCGUGCGCGUACUUUGAGCAAGGAGAAGAACAAGUCUUCGUCCAUGCUGUCCAUUUUAUCAAAGAAACGACCGCCAGGUCGGCCUCCGAGCGCUGCUGACUCGAUUAGUAGCGGCCAUGACACACUGAGUAGUGGAUUCAGCAGUCUGAGAUACUCUCGAAGCAGUAGGGGAACAAGUUAA